GAUAUUGGAUAUUGGAUAUCUAAUAAUGGAGCGGUGUCCAACCUCAAGGGCGAUCCUCGACGUUGGUGGAACGGCUUCCUCAGAGUACGCUGGUUAUGCAGGUUACUGGCUGUGCAAAUGUCAUGGAUCAUCCUAAUUCAAGUAAUGACAUAGACUUAAGUGAAUUCCCUUUCUUUCAUAUGUCUGAUGACGAAAUACCGAUAACUGACGAAGGACGUGAUGCUGCGAAAUGUGGAUCACUACUAAGUUUCAACAUGUUCGGGACAUGUUCCUUAAAAAAUGUCAAACAUAUUAUUCGCCAGAAUCGAUGCUUAAAACCGUUAAGACUUCAUCUAUUAAAACACGUUCUAAAUUUGUGUAGAAAUGCUGGUCUAGAACCAUUCGUUUAUGGUGGUACAGCUCUUUCCGUAUUCCGUGAAAACGGUAAAUUCAUACCCCACGAUACAGAUAUUGACUUAGGGAUAUUAGAAUUCGAUUCUAAUGGUUUUGGUAUAUACACUAUACUAAUGCAUUAUUGCCUUAAAAACCGUAUAAGCAUUUAUGGAAUAGGCAACGUGGAUGACUCUAUUCUUCUGAAUCCAGAUUCUGAUGUGUAUAUUGAUUUUUCAGCGAGCAUCAGUAAACGUGUGUGGCUUAAAGCUAAAGAAUACAAUGUAGUAGAAAGCAUUGAAGAAUUCCCGUAUGAUGGUGUUGACUGUAAGCGAAUAAAAUUUUUCUUCACUAGUAAUGGUUUGCUGAAAGCUUGUGAAUUGUUAAAAAUGAACUUAAGAACUGCUAGACAUGUUCUUUCUGAUCCCUGUUUGGCGCAUGUUGAUUUGUUCACCUUAUCUCAUGUAGACUCAUCAGAAGAAGAAAAAGGAUUGGAAGUCUUAAGAGUAAAUUGGAAUUUACCCGGUAUAUAUGACUGUAAGAGAAAGUUGUUUCCAUACAAUUCAUUUUUCCCUUUAAAACAAUGUAAAUUUGAAGACGUAGACUUGUUGGCACCAUAUGAUUUGAAAACAUAUUUAAGUAUAGAAUAUGGUUAUUUAGGACGGGAUGCUGUGUACAGCCCCAGAGAACAAUUAUAUGUAAAAAUUCCUGCAAAUUAUUCCACACGCCUGCCAUCUCACAUGGUGUGAAUUAUGGUGACUUCAUUCAAGAACUGUUUUGUUCUAUGCAUUUUGCUUCUUUCAUAUAUCACAGUUUCUCAGAAUUAUUUAACUGUUAGAGUUUUGUAUAACUUGCUUUCCACUGCAUAAUAUUUUUUGUACAGCAUUUGUUACGUACAUUUUGUUUUAUAAUAAAACUGCUCUUAAAUCAGAUUUGAAUUAAUUUUUCAUAACACAAUAGACACGUGCGUAUGUAUGUACAAGUACCAAAUGAUGAGACAUCUUUUGUUGUGAACUGUUUGCUAAUGAGAUUUGAAAUAUUAAGGUUUUUCAAUAAGUAACUAGAUUACAUGGUGAUAACCGUCCAAGGUUUUUGGUUUUUGGCUGUUUAUUAGCCAAGUUUCUAUUGGUGCGAAGGAAACGGUAAAUUUUUCGUUAUGAAACAGAUAUGGAUUUUGCGAUGUCGCUGCUCAUUGCCCAACUAUUAUUACUAUGAUAUUUUCCACUUCUUGCGUUCUUAGUGAAACAUAAGCUUUCAAGCUUUCGAAGUUCCAGUAGCAGUGAUGUUGCUAGUCUCACUCGCAACCUUUUUCUCACUUCUGGCUUAUUAACUAAGGGGGUUUGGAAGUACAGUAGCAGUGAAUUGAAUCCGGACCGGCCGGCAUUCUACCAUCAGACCAUUGACGCAGGCAUUUAAGAAUUAUAUUCUACAAGCGAACAACUUUCCUUUUGGAUUACCCUUCGUUAAUAUUUUCUCAGUUAUAACACAAUGUGUUUUGAGGUAGUGAUAACUCUUAGAUUGUUUGUAAUGUACCAAGUGUAUAGUAUUAGCGACGUCUCAUUAUACUCUGUUCGUAAUAUGUAUCACUAGCGCAUUAUGGUAAAUGUGUAUGCGAAAUUUCGAAUCAUUACCACAUAUGAAUGUGCCUAUAAGUCGAUGAACUCUUUGAAAAGGAUUUGAACUGUUUUCUAGGAAGGUUUGGGGAAAUUCCUGAAAUUUUUGUAGGAUCUGAAUACUGAUGCUACAUAAAUCAUGAAAUCUUGUAACAAAUCAUCCUAAACAUUACUCCUUAUUUGUCAGAAAUAAAUGACAGCGUAAGAUUUGUAUAACUGCUUUUUAUAUACUUUUUUGCAUGCUCGUUUAACUAUUCAUCUGUUUGUUUUUUCCUUAACAAAGUUUAUAAACUGGGAGAAUAGCGUUUUAGAAUAAAUAA